GGUGCAGAAAUGACAAAUACUUUCACAUCAGUUUUCAAGUCUAUAAAUUGGGUUGCGACUACUGUUUCCCACUGGUAGAGUUAGCACGAGGUGAAGGCCAUGAAGUAAUGGUGUGCCAUAACUUGUGUCUGCCUUACCAAAGUGAGUGCUUUGACACUGUCCUGUCCAUCACUGUGAUUCACCAUUUUUCAACGGAAGAGAGGCGCAUGCAAGCAAUAAAAGAGAUGGUUCCCAUCUUGAGAGUAGGAGGCCACAUAAUGAUAUAUGUGUGAGCAACCGAGCAAAAACUGAGAAGAUUUGAAAAGCAAGACAUCUUUUUUCCCUGGAAUCCUUCACCUCCUUCCUGCUCCUCGGAUACUCUCCAUGACUGCAGCAGAGCAUGUUUACUUGACCUGAUUUCACAUCAGAAAGAAUUAGCUGUCAGACAAGAACUUAAAAUAGACCAUUACCCACAACAAGGAGCUUUUUGCCAACCUUGGAGCAGAAGGAGAACAGGCUCUUCUCUGCAGAAAGCAGUCAAUGAGCAGGCCCUGACCAUGCAGAGCCAGCAGCAGACAGGUCCUGGUGGGGCUUGGCUGAGGUACUACCACAUUUUUAAAGGAGUUUGAGCUGUGCUGAUAGAACAUCAUGUUCCUGAGCUCCAUGUUACACAUUCAUACUUUGACCACGCCAGUUGGUUCAUGAUCGCAGAAAAGACUGAAGCGUGGAAGAUCUAG